UCUCUGUUGACUAGCUCACAUCAAUAUAUAUUUGAACGAAUACUCAGUCAGCCUGCAGCAGCGGCAAAAACGUAAGAUUUUUGAGAUUUCACUCCUCGCUAAAUCUGAUCAUUGUUGUUAUUACUAUAACCCAGGGAUGGAGAAUGGACCGCUGGAAUUUGCAAAAUGAGGCAUGUCACAUGUGACUGGCGAUAUGGGACAAGAAGGGAGUAUACGAAUGUCAGAUGACCCUUUAUCUCCACAUAUUACUACAUUUACAUCACAGACAUUAUUGUCUGUUGGAUAUCAACCCUGAAGAGGAAUCGUCAUGGAGUCACUAGAAGCUACUGUGGAGGUGAAAUGCUCUAAAGAGGGUCCGAAAAAGACAGUUACACAGAAAGAGUGGGCAGCGCCAGAGCCUACAACUGCCCAAACUAAAAUGCCCCCUUCGGCUGAUUCUGAGGGGGAGGGGUGGCACCAAUGCCCACAACCUGAGGAGGACCAGAGUAGAACCACAUGUGGUUCAACAGACAAGCCUGACUCAGGGAAACUAAGACAAUUAGGGAAAUUACCACACCAAUUACAGGAUCAAGCCUGCAGUCAUCCUCAUUACAACGUAUUAACAUCAUAUCCACCACUGGGGAGACAGGCAGUUCCCUUUGCUAGGCAGAAAACGGCAGAUCGCUCGGUUUCUGCACUUCCGCUAUCCCAUGGCAACUGUGAAGGGCCCUCCCCUCAAAGGAGCGCCCCCAGUUUACCCGCGUCUCUUCAACACUGUUCCCAGUCAGGGAUAGAGGAGCUAUCCAAGGACGUGUGUAGUAAGCUGGAGCAGAAACAGCAGCAGAGGCCUGGGAAGUAUGUUUGUGAUUAUUGUGGGAGGGCAUGUGCCAAACCCAGCGUACUUAAAAAGCAUAUUCGCUCGCAUACUGGGGAGCGACCCUACCCCUGCGUUCCCUGCGGCUUCUCUUUCAAAACCAAGAGCAAUUUAUACAAACACAGAAAAUCUCAUGCUCACUCUGUCAAAGCUGGGACAGUGCCAAUUUCAGAACUGGGUUCUUACAAUGCCAACAUAGAGGACCGGGGAUCUUUAGAAGGAGAAGGAGAGCUAUACUCUGACGCUGAGCAGAGCUCUGACACGGAUGAUGACUAUUCAUCGUUCUUGGACUCUGUUUCAGUCGAGGAACCAGAUAGCACCACUGCUGUGAAAGUACUGAAUCUCAUUGCCCAGAAACAGGGAGUUACAUCAACAUUAUCUGAGGAGCGUUCAGCCAGGCUCCCAGAGAUCAAUGGUGCUCAAUCUCCAGCCGUUUCUCAGGUCAGUCGUGCAAUUCAAUCCAGCGCCAUCAAGCAGAGGCUGGCACUCCGGCUCUCAGAGAAAAGGAGCAGUGACACUGACACAUCUCUCUCCUUGCCUAGCCAGGGAAGCAAAGGCAGCACAGACUCAGGCUACUUCUCGCGCUCUGAGAGCGCAGAACACCAAACCGGUGGUCCUCCCAACACAAACGCCAAGUCCUAUCAAGAGAUUAUGUUUGGGAAGUGUUACAAACCGAACCCGAAACAGGCCAUAACUGUUGUGACUUGCACUACAGACUUAAUAAGUGAUCGUAAGUGUUCAGAGCGAGGUGUUUCCCGCGUAUUCACACAAGAAAAGGAAUCAAUGAUAGAAUCGAUCAGAAUAAACACACAUUCAUUUACAAGGGAAGAAAUUAAAGAGGCUCAACUAGAGCUCUCCGAUUCUGGGCAGCUGGUGCGGAGCAACUCGAUGCCCACGUCCUCAGCUGCGUGUCUGGACAUGCCACAAGGCCUGCGAGGCAGCCACUCCUUUGAUGAGAGGGCGUCCCCUGGAGGAAUUAGGAGACUCAGGCGACAGGCUGCCUUUGAACACUCUGCACACGAUGGACACACAGAACUUCCUGACCACUGCGGAAACAUCUCUGAUAUUUCCAACCUUGGAGUAGAGAUGGAAUUUGCGACGAGGAAACGACGGAAGGAAAACUGUAUCAGGGAGGAGGAGGAUAUAGCAAGCCAGUAUCACACAGACUCCGACCACGCUGAAGAGACAAGGGACUGUGAUUCAAAGCCAGCCUCUCAAGGUGCUCUAACCACGACUCCUUCAGUGAAAGUGCAUGCCCAAGGCGUGAAUACACAGCAUAGAGCGCAGUGUGAUAGACUGGACAUGGAAAUGCUGGAAGACACCACAGAGAAGAGAGCUUUAGGUAAUGUCAUCUCUGUGAUUCAACACACAAACUCCUUGAGCAGGUCUCACUCGGAUGAGUCUUACAACCGCCAGAGACGGGAAAAGCCUUCCUCAAUGGAAGUGGUGGAGCAAACCGAAACCCGAGAUAAAGGGACUGAGGUCAUUACACACCAAUUGAGUGACAGUAGAUUGUUAGAUCAAUCAUAUCAAAUGACACCUAAGCUAGUCCGUCAGUCCAACAUACAGGUCCCAGAGAUCAGGGUGACUGUAGAACCUGACAGUCCAGAGAAAGAGAAUGCAGCGGAGGUGAAACAGGUGAAGGCGAAGGAGCCCGAUAGAUAUGUAGAGGAGUUCCAGUGGCCUCAAAGAAGUGAAACCCUGUCUCAGUUCCCCCCAGAAAAACUCCCUCCAAAGAAGAAGAGACUGCGCUUAGCUGACUUGGAGCACUCUUCUGGUGAAUCUAGCUUCGAGUCAGCCUGUACGAGCCUCUCCCGAAGCCCUAGUCAGGAUAGCAACCUAUCCUACUGCUCCAGCUUCUCGUUUGACCGAGAAGAGAGAGAGCGAGAGUUUAUCCCCAAGCCAGCUCCCCUGGCAGCUAGACAGGAUGAGUUUGGAAAAGCGUUGGAGUUCUUAGCUGUGCCAGGAAGCGCCCACUCCCUCUCUGUCCUGAGCCAGCGUCAACAACAUGAAAUGAGACGCUCCUCUUCAGAACAGGCACCAUGCAACUCUCAGCGCAGAGAGCUCCCAGAGGUCCGAAGCGUAUCAUUUGACUACGGCAGUCUCUCUCCAAUGGCCAAAGUUAGACAUGCGGAACUCGGCGCCAGUUACUCAGAACCCAGACGGGGUAACUUGGUAAGACAGGCGUCCUUGAAUGUUGACCCUGAAUUUACACAUCCAGUCCUUCCGCUAAAUAUUCUUCCUCAGUACCUCAGCAAUGCCCUGUCGCUCUCAACCACUUCUCUGCUCUCGCAGUCUCUGCCAAUGUUUGCCCCUCAGCCACCACACGCCGGCCUCUUAGUUCCUGUUAGAAUACAGGCUCACGUGCCAUCUUACGGUAGCAUUACAUACACCACUGUGUCACAGGUUGUAGAGGAUCCAUACGAAAACUCUCUCACUUCUCACUUUGCACAUUUAUCCACAAAUUUGGAUGUGUUAUUAGGACACCCCCGAGGACUGUUGACCAACAACCCAGCCCAGAUUCAAGUUCUAGAUCUGUCACCAGCUAAGUUUAAGACAGGCAUCCCUCUAACCCUGACCUCCAGGACUAUCUCCACCACCAACUGUGGAUCCAGUGGUGGAUCCAACAAGCGCAUGUUGUCUCCGGCCAGCAGCUUGGACCUGUUCACGGACGUAAAACAGCAGAAACGUGUCAAAGAGGAGAAAAUGUACGGUGAGAUAGUGGAGGAGUUGGGUGCUGUGGAGUUAGGGAACUGUAAUGUGACCGAAGAGAGCAAAUACAGUUUAAAGACGGAGUUUAAAAGUGACACCAACCAGGGAGCAUCACUGUCAGGCCUUUCUUCUAUAUCCUCUUUGUCUGUGUCAUCCUCACGUCAUUCUCUUGACGAACGAGCAAGUGAAAGCUUCAUCUCACCUCAGCAACAAGGGUCAGAAUGUCCUGAUUCCCCUAUGGACAACUCCCCAACCGAAACACGCCUAUAUCCACCCUCUCUGAUUUCCCUAAAUGAUUUCAAAGAGUCUGGCAUCGACAGCAAGGCACAGAUGGAAAUUAUGGUGCAGAUAGUCAAAGGUCAGGGCAUCCUCAUCUCUGACGGUGAAAACACCAAACUGAUAUCUCAGUUUCCAAGUCUUCGCACAACGACAGUUGUGAGUUGGUGCUAUCUGAACUACACCAAGCCAAACAGCACUCACAACACUUCUCCUAUGUCCUCUGUGUACACUACGUGGUGUGUCAGUUCCCAUAACCCCAACCCUCCUAACCUCAACACCAGUGCAACCCUGGCUCUGCUCUGCUCCAAACAGAAGACUAACACAUGGGUGUACACAAUGGCUGCCAUGUACCAACCUGGGACUGGGAAACUGGUCUCCUCCUCACUCUUAUGGAGGCAGAGGCUUGAGCUGAGCAAACCGGAGCUCAAAGAGCUGGAUGUGAUCUCCUGUGGAAGGAAAGUGAAGGAUGCCAGCUGCAGGGUAAAAGCAGCGAAGGAGGACUGGAAAGACAUGGAGGUCUCCUCGAAACAUACAGCAGCGCCAACACCAACACCAACCCAGAUCAAAAUCUUUGACGGAGGGUUCAAGUCCAAUGAGGACUAUGUGUACGUGAGGGGCCGAGGCCGAGGAAAGUAUAUCUGUGAGGAGUGUGGCAUCCGCUGUAAGAAACCUAGUAUGCUAAAGAAACACAUACGCACCCACACUGACGUCAGACCCUACGUUUGCAGGGUCUGCAACUUCGCUUUCAAAACGAAAGGAAAUCUGACCAAGCACAUGAAGUCAAAGGCUCACAUGAAGAAGUGUCUUGAGCUUGGUGUGUCAGUCACAGUGGAUGAUACAGAGACACAGGAAUCUGAUGACAUCCAGCAAGACUCGAAGACCGGGGUCGUGAGCUCAGCCAAACACCAGUUCUCGGACGCAGACGACUCCGAUGGCAUGGAUGAAGAGAUAGAUGACAUCGACGAAGAUGACGAUGAUGAUUACGACGGUGGCUCCACUCCAAAAAUCCGCUCCCGGAGCACCAGCCCUCAGCCCUGUGACAUAGCCUCUCCGUCGGUCACCGCUGCCACCAUCACCCAGGUUGUGUCGUCGGAUCUCCAUGGCUGUACCCUCAGUACCUUCCGUUCUCUCCCCAGCUGCCUCACCAACUCCAUCGUGCCUCCACCGUGCCAUGCCCAUACCUCCAUCUCAGGCAAGAGGACAGGGCCAGACCGGAGGCAUGUCUUGGCCUCCAGCCUGGACAAGGAGCCGAGUGAGAGAGAGAGGCUUGUGGAGGAGGACUGUAGCCUGGCCAUGCUGUCUCCUGACCAGGGUUGUCUGUUCACCGGUCUGCUGUCCACUGGCUGGGAGUCCCCUCUGAGGGAACCGUCCCCCUCCCAGCUCCGCUACCCAUCACCCCGUAGAGACCUCUCCCCCCGGGGUCGAUUCUCACCUCGAUGGGACACCUCCCAGCUGAGGCCCAGCUCCCCCAACCUCACCCCCAUCCAGCACCUCUCCCCGGCCUGCAUGGAGAGGCCCCUGUCCCCAGGCGGAGUGGACCUGCCUGGGAGGAGGGAGCCAUCGGCCCGGGGCAGACAGAGGGUGGUGCUGAGGGCUGUGUCUCCACGUAGAGGGGGCUCGCAACACAGAGGGUCUGGCGAUAAAACCAAGCGACAAGCCAAGGCUGAACUUGUCCACAAGGGAGGAUCCAUUGAAAUAGAUUUGGAUCAGAGGAGAAGCACGCUCCCCAAACUGCCUGGUCCCUACAUCUCCAGUUGUACCCAUCAUAACGUCCUCAGCCACCUUCCCCUACACUCCCAGCAGCAGGCUCGAACUCUACUCCCCAUGGUCCCUAUCGGGGGGGAUCCAGGUACUGCGCUCUUUGCCCUCCUGCAGUCUGACCGGACCCAUCUGUCAGUCCUGUCCCAUCAGAAGACUGAGCUCCACCAGGACAGCAAUAAGGAGGGAUCUGUCUGUGUGGCGGGCCUCGGUGCAGAGGACUCAGUAGCCCAGCAGCAGGAGAAGGAGUGGGAAAGGGAGAGGCCGUCCCCCCACCAGACACCCUGGGACUCUGAGGAGGAGAAAGAUCCUGUCUCUGUCCUCACGGUCAGGGACCCUAAGCAGGAAGAGGGUCUUCAGACCUGCACCAAGGCCAUCGCCUCCCUCAGGAUCACUUCCGAGGAGCAUCUAUAGACUGGGGUUGCAUAGGGCUCUGGCCAAAAGUAAUGCACUCUAUAGGGAAUAGGGUACCAUUUGGGACAUAUGCUACAUGACCAAAAGUAUGUGGACACCUGCUCGUCUAACAUCUCAUUCCAAAAUCAUGAGCAUUAAU